UGCACUUCGCCGGCAUCUCUUCGGUCGUGAGGGAGUUCAGGGUUUCACCGCACCACAUUUUUGUCUUCUUUUUUUUGUUUCAUUCCACACCCCGAGAAACGCGCACAAUUGUUACUAUUAUUUCGUCGUCUUUAUUGUUUUUGACAAUUUUCUCCCAGAUUUUAUUUCACCCGAGGCUAUUUGCAUGCAUUGUUCGUCUCCCAAAAUGGUUUGCGAGACUAAAAUAGUUGCGGACGACCCCGACGCCAUAGCUGGGAACAAGAUCGUGUCUUCGGCGCAGAUGUGGACGUCGCCCUCCGACGCGUUCGAGCGCAAAGACGCGAGAGGGGAGGGGGUUUUAAUCCGCGAGUUCGAGCGCGGCGAUAAGGCGGAGGUGCGCCGCAUCUUCAACGAAGGCAUCAUGGAGCGGAUACCCAACACGGCCUUCCGCGGUCUCAAACACCAGCCACACACCCAGUUCAUUUACGCCGUGCUCACAGUAAUGUGCUUUGUUAUGACCAAAUCUGUCACGCUGACAUGCUGCACACCUUUCAUUCUAAUGGGAGCGCGCUAUUACUAUAGCAGACAAGUCAUCCUCAACUACUUGGACUGCGCACUCCACACAGAUAUGGCUGAUAUAGAGGAAUACUACAUGAAGCCCACAGGUUCUUGUUUCUGGGUGGCGGUGCUGGACAGUCAGGUGGUGGGCAUCGUCGCAGCACAGGGACGAGAAGACGACAACACGGUAGAACUGCGUCGCAUGUCUGUGGACUCUCGUUUCCGCGGGAAAGGCAUUGCCAAGCUGCUAGGACGACGGGUUCUAGAGUUUGCUAUGCUUAACAACUACUCAGCCGUGGUUCUGGGGACAACAGCAGUCAAGAUGGCCGCCCACAAGCUCUAUGAAUCAUUGGGUUUUCAAAAGGUGGGAGAGACUGAGAACUACAUUCUCCCUGGAAUGAGCCGCUCACUGACGGAAAGGCUCUUCUUCCAGAUCCGCUACAGCCGCUACCGGCUACAGCUCAACGAAGAGUGAGAGUGUGUGAGAGUGAAUGGAAGCGUGGGCGGACGUAAGAAAGCGAGUGAGAGUAUGAACGCCGACCAACCCUUAAAUCACCAAAACCCAAUUCACCUCUUAAACCUUAAUAUCAUAUUUUUUUUUUUUAUCACAAAUGUUAUUUCUAUCACUAUUUCUAUAAAUUCCUUAACCGUUAUGUUUUUUUUUUCUAUUAACAUUUAUUAAUUUAUUUUCUUAACUUUUUAUCAAUAUCAACUGAACCUCCCAAUUAGUUUAUAUAGAAAAAGUAACGAUAAAAUCGAUCGUUAUGACAAGUUUCAAAUGCCACACAACAAACCGAGGCAAUAGGUCGGUCUGUCAGACUCUCUUUUAAAUCUCUUGUAAGGGCUGAUCUGAUCGCUAGCACUGAUUUUUUUUCAAAGAUAGCAGAAUGAAUAAGGGGGGUGUGCAGAGGAAAGGAGAGUGGAUAUAGUUAUACUCCUCUCUCCAAUGUCAUACCACUCUGUUAAACGUACACAAAUGCAGGUCUUGAACUCUUUAAAAUGGAAAUGCAAGUAACUCUAGCAGUCAAACAAAUGAUAUUGACUAAAGCACAGCAGGUUUUUCUAUGUAUUAAGAACAAGAAGAGGAAUAAUUAGUAACGUUAGCCCUAAGUCAAGUAACUCCUACUGUUAAUCAUGUACAAUUUAACUCAGAGUUAACUCAAGAGUGGUGAUUUUACCGUAAGGGAGAGGUGAUAUAUAUGAGAGGUGAUACACACUGAUAUUUUGCCUCUACUCGUACUGGGGUUUUUGUUUUAAAUAACAGGCCAAUCUCUCAAUUUUUCCUUUUAUGUUGCUGGAACAGUUGAGAUAUUGCACAGAUUGUAUUGCUGUACAAGAUCUAUAUUAUUGGGUCUUUAACAUGAUUCAAAUACCCACCUAAUACAAUUGGAAUUAAUUAGACCAUGAUAUUAAUUUGCAGUCAGUGAAAUUCGAUUGGAAAACAAACUGAUCACUUCCAAGUUGACAACAAUGCUAAUCGAUUCUUUUGCAGAAUUAAUACAUGUAAUAUGCAUCUGAUCGCUGCAUUGGUUGAAACUUGGUUGAUCAGACACAAAUCUGAGCACAAAUUUGGAUGACAAAUGGACUGUGCGAAUUUGCGAUAUAUAAACCUUUAUAUUUUACAUAAGUAUAGAUUAUGUAAAUGUGAAACAUUUGUUACAUAUCUAUGACAGAUAUAACUGAAAAUCUCUCACCAUAUCUAUUCUCCUAUGAAAGUACCAGCAAUGGGAGAGAUAAAAGCCACAACGAGCCUCACUUGUGAAAUAUUCUUGUAUAAAGUUAACAAAACUAAAUGUGAUUACAACUAACGUAACGCAAAAAAAAAAAAAGAAAAGAAAAAAAAAAAACACAACCUUGGCCCUUGCCAAUUUUCCUUGACUUGACUUUACCCAUCCACGAAACUGACUGCAGCCCUGGGCCAGACCCUCCCAUACCCUAACAGCACUCGUUCAGCCCCCACCCCAUCUCUGCAUGUGCCACUGAGCCUUGUUGCGCUGCUUUUAUCUCCAUUCGAGCUUGUACUCCUAAAAACCCCUCUGUGAUGUUAUAGUAGCAGCACUAAACAUUUGCUCAAGUAACUCAAGUAAAGAUUACGGAUUGAUAGCGAAAAAUGUCGAGGGUAUGGCGUAAGAAACGUACCCACUUACUUGCUGCCAUGACAUCACAGCUGCCAAAAGUAGAAUGCAAAAGCAAUGCAAAUAUGUGGCAUGCCUCUGUACCUGGUUUGUACGUACGGUGCCUGCCCUGGAAAUGAUGUAACUCUGUUUAAAAAAAUAAUAAUACAUAGAACAAGCUUCUUUUUUAGCUGAACAUAUAACAAUGUGUCUUUGUUAAAAGAAACUACUGUUUUGCAUGAAACAUGAAUGAAAAAUGUUUAAGAAAACACAAUCUUAUCAAAUUGAUGUCUUAACAGUGGAGUUAAAGUUUUGUUUUCGAUUAAUGUUAUUUGUAUAACAAACAUUUUACAUUUGUUUUUACCUUUUACUACUGGGGUGAUAAGUAUCCAGUUUACUGUAAGAAAAAAAAAAGUGUCCAAAAAACACCCAGCUAAAUGCAGCAUUACUUAUUAUAUUACAUGCCAUUUAAAGAGUUCUUUACUGUUAACACCAGAACAACUCACUUGCUGAACCUAAAACACCAAAUGAAUGGCAGAGCUGCCUGACUACUCACUUAUUUAGGACAGUAUACAUAUCAGAUGCAUUAAAUAUUGAGUGUUAGCACCAGUGUUAGGAUUGCUUUAACUCGAACAACCUAAAAACAAAAUGAACAUGUACUUGUGUGGGAUAAGUGGAUAAAACUGUUUCGAAAGAAUCUACAUGCACAAAUUAGGCAUGUAAUGAAGCCAUCUGUAGGUGAAGGUGUCGAUACAGAGCUAAACCAAUAACGGAGCGCUUAUGUUAAUAAGUAUAUUAGAAGUAUAUUCGAUCAGUCCUGAUUGGUCCCCUGGUGGUCUAGUGGUUAGGAUACAGCGCUCUCUCCCCUGCGGCCCGGGUUUGAGCCCCGGUCAGGGAACCAACCCCAGCCACUAAGGUUGCACAAGCCUUAGUGCCGAUCCCAAGCCCGGAUAAAUGGGGAGGGUUGCAUUAGGAAGGGCAUCCAAAAAAAACCGUGCCAAAUCAAACAUGCGGAUGGUCCGCUGUGGCGACCCCUAACGGGAGAAGCCGAAAGAUUCGAUCAGUCUUGAUUCCAAAUUCGAAAAAAUCAACUAAAAAAAAUUUCCAUGAAGCUUCCUUGCAAAAAAUGUAAAUAUCAGCAAGUAAUUUUGAGAGAUAAUUGGCUUUAGCUGAAGCUGAAUCCCACACUCACCUACACAGGCUAUGUAGAUGUUGACAUUACUGCACACAUGUCAGUUUGUCUGUGAGUUAACAGUGUUUUUGUUCAGUACAUGUCUAAGGUGGAUGUUGGCUGAUUACGGAUGAUUGAAUGUAAAAAAAGGCAAGCUGUAAUGUAUACGCUUCUGGACAGAUCCGGGCUGAAUAACACUAAAUACUGCUUUACUGCUGGUCUGUCUGCCAUAUGAUAGCACGUGUUACAAGUGCAACCAAUUUUGGUGUGUUAUUGAGCUUUGCACAAGCAGAAAAGUCAAUUCAACAUGACAUGUAUUUGGAUGAAAAUGUAAGCAUGCUGCUAAGAUUCAAGAAUUAUGACACUGACGGCUGUGAUAGAUCAAGGUUGGGAGGAUAAAAUGAAAGCUCUCAUUGUGGAAGGCUUUCGGGAAAAAGCAUGGGGAAUUCCUCGAGUUCAUUAUCAGUUACAGUAAUCACAGAUGUUCGUUUUAAAAUGCUCCAAAAAAGGAUUAUUUCUGCUAAUCGGAACAGUGAAACUUUUAUGAGCGACUCAACCUUCCCGACCCUCUCCCACAUCCUUUCAGCAUUCAAGUGUGUCUUUUGUACAUAAAUAUCCAGUGUCUGAAAAUGACUGAUGAUGCAAAGCAUUCAGAAGACCUGCGACCUGCAUGAGAAGAUGGCUGCUACAGGAAUGUUCCACUUUUAAGAAGACGAGGGGGAUUUAUAGUGGAAGAAAGCCUUGAGUGCCUUGCUUUCACAGUUCGGCUCCCUUGAUGGAACUUUGGUACACGCUAAGACUGGAUCCCCUUCUUACAUCCCAAUUUACUCUUCUGGUUAAAAGCACUCUCUUGAUUGUGGCUGGAGGUGCCAAGGAUGCAGAAGCACUUGUAACAAAUUGUAUUUUUUAUUUUUCUGAAUUUAUUUUGAUGUUCUAUUUACUGCUCUUUUUAUUUUUUAUUUUAUUUUUUUGCUAAUAGCAAGUAUGUACCAUAUGCAAAUGUAUGAUAAAAAAUUUAUUCACAAGAAACCUUUUUUCAUGAGGCUGAAUUUGCCAAAGGGGGUUUUUGCUGCAUUUUAUUUCUUUAUUUUCUUUUUUCUUUUUUUCGUUUCUUAACAUUCAGAAAUCUUUUGGAGAUCAAGUCCUCGUGCCAUUUACCCGAGCAAUAAAAUGCACACUCGAAAAAGCUAAAAGUAAAGAAUUCAAAAGUAAAAAUGCUGCAUUUGUUUUCUAGCCCUAAUGCUGUGCUGAUUGUGAGCAUUACCACUGGCAGGGUAAGAGAUUAUGGGGCAUGACUCUGAACUGUUUUUUUCUUUUCUUAACUAUUGUGAUUAAUGUUUUUAUAAAUGUGAAGAUGAAUGACAAUGCAUAUAACGUGUUGUACAUUCCGGCAGCCCGUGGAAAGAAGUGACCACUCAAGCCCACUGUACAUGAGUGAUGCCACACCCACUCUGAAAGCUGUUCCAGGUUCUUAUCUCUGUUUGGUCAACAAAAUCUCAACAACAACAACAACAACAACCACAACAAAAAAGUUUCUUUCAGCAAACUACAGAGAAGUGAACUUUUUGAAGAAUGUUGAAGAGUAGCAACAUGUUAACCAAAUGAUGCACAUUUUCACACUGAGAAGAACGACUUUUCAUAAGAACGAGGACUUUUUUUUAUUUUAUUUUUUUUUAAGCAUUUUGUUAAAUGUAUAUUGUAAAGUGUAAUUUAGUGUAAAUAGGGAUAUUUUCUGAUCCUUUUAUAACAGAAAUGAUAUCUUUGGAUGUUUACAAACACAUUGACCUUCAAACUGAGACACAAUUGUAUUCCUCAAAAAAGAAAAAAAACAAAAAUACAACAGCACACAUGGAAGUGAGAACAGCUUUCAGAGUGAAGGACAUCUCCUCAUUACCCAACAUAUUCAGGCCUUUGAUGUUUGCAGUAAACUGGUACUGCUGUAGCAAAGUGAAGAUAAAUUCCAGCAUUUUAUAAGAUCAUUCCCUCAUAGUUAACAGUGAAAAUCCAGCAUGAAGAAAAUUGAUUUUUUUUUAAUUCCCUGUAGUUUGAGUGGUGCUUCAAACAGUUUCUCGUACCUGUGCUGCUGAUUGUCAGGGAAUGCUAGAAAAUCCUCUUUAUACAUCGGCACAGGAAAACCUGUGGUGUCCUUUCUUUUUGGUCCACUUCUUUGCUGACUGUCACUAUGGAAACAAGCCCACAUAAAGCACAGCAGAUAAAAUUAUAUGCAAGCACUCAAGGAAGCGGGUCACCUGAAACAGAGGGAUGGAUUUGUGUGCUUGAAAGUUAAAUAUGCCAAUGAACAGGCCAAAUUAGGAGUAAAAAAUAAGAAAAGGGGAGGUGGGGGUGUAGAAUAGCUGGCAUAAGCAUGUGACAGGCAAAGGCCGUGCUGAAAAUCUUUGUGGCUGCAGUGAUCACCUGGAUCCUUCAGGGUUUGUCAUUAUAAAGAUGCCUCAGUUCCUUUAGAUGUUCUUUCAUUUUAAUGUGUUCUUUUUUCCUUUCCAACUGCUGUAAUGUAUUAUUUCUUUUGGCUUAACAAAUAGGAGCAUUGUAAAGAUGUAAAGAAAGGAGAUCCUGCAUUACAAAAGAAAUGGCUGUAAAUAUUGUAUUAAUUAAACCAAUUGGCUUGUAA